GUUGGAUGUUCAAAUGUACACAGCAAUCGAGCUGGCUGCUAAAAUGAUCACAUUCCUUUUCCUCAUUCCAUUAUCCACUCCUCCCAAAUCUUUGCUACCAUGAGAAGCGCUGCACAAAGAAAUAGCAUCAUCACAUCGAAGCGGAAUGCAAGAGACAAGGCGCUGAGUUUUGCCGGUCUUUAUAUAGUGAACGACCACUGUGUCUAUACCGAAGCCACAGCAAGCGAAAUUGUACAAAGGAUAGCCAAAGGAGAAUGGACUUCUUCUCAAGUCCUGGAGGCGUACAUUGCGCGAUCUGCCAUGGCCCAGGCUGAGACGAACUGUCUUACAGAAGUCCUAUAUGAGGAUGCCCGCAAACGAGCAAAGGAGCUUGACGCAGAAUUUGCGAGCACAAAGACAUUGGUGGGACCUUUCCAUGGUGUUCCAUUCAGCGUCAAAGAUAAUUACCAGAUCGAAGGAUACGACGCGACCAUUGGGUUCACUGCAUGGGCCAACAACCCGGGCAAGAAAGAUGCUUGCCUUGUUACACAACUCAGGAAUGCUGGUGCCAUCAUCUUCGUGAAGACCAAUGUACCACAGACAAUGUUAGCGUUCGAGUGCUCUAAUCCUCUCUGGGGUCGCACGACAAACCCGUGGAAUAACGAGUAUACAUGUGGAGGCAGCUCUGGUGGAGAGGGAGCUUUGCUUGCCAUGGACGGAUCCGCCAUGGGCAUCGGUUCUGAUAUCGGAGGAAGCCUACGCAUCCCAACAUCGUAUUGCGGCAUAUACGCUUUGAAACCGACAGCUGAACGUGUCAGUUCUAUUGGUACACAAGGAAGGUCAUCCACUCGGCCUGGAUUCGAAGCAGUUCGAUCUGCUCAUGGGCCAUUGGCGCGGUCUGUCCAGGAUUGUGAAUUGUUCUGCAAAACUAUCUUUGGUCAAAAGGACUCGUCUCACCAGAAUAUUCCUAUGCCGUACCAACCCGUCGAGCUCCCUUCCACGCUCCGCUUUGGUUAUUACCUGUCAGAUGGAAUGAUAGAAUCAUCACCCGUAUGCAAGCGAGCAGUACUGGAGACAGUUUCAGCACUCAGGAAGCAGGGUCAUGAAUGCAUCGAGUUUACAUCUCCUCUGAACGCAACUGCGAUGGAAGUGUUCGUGGGACUCGCUUCAUCUGACGGUUAUAAGAAGAUGCUGUCGCAUCUUGAUUCAGACCCUAUGGAGGACAGUCUGUUCCUGGUUACCUUGGGCCCCAGAUUACCGUCCUUCGUUCGUAAACUGGCUUGUUGGAUCGUCAAGACGUUCUUGGGCGACUCCCUCUUCUCACGGUUCUUCUCAUCAGCACGAGAGAAAUCUGUUUUGGAAUUCACAGAUUUGACUGACCAACGCAAUCAGGCUACUGCUGCGUGGUAUGAACAGGUAUGGGACAAAUACAGUUUCGACGGAAUUAUCGCACCUGUACAGUCCCUUCCAGUGAUACCUCACGGUGGUUCCGCAUACUUGUCCCCGCUCGCAGCCACCACUAUUGUAUACAACAUCAUCGACUCUCCUGUUGGCGUUAUACCGGUGACGCGCGUCAACCCAGAUACUGACGAGCUAUCAACAGAUUUCGUUGCAGGCGCCUCAGGCCGGUCGAAAGUGUUGGAAACCCGUAUGUACCUAGGCAAUAAUCCCGUCUACGAUCCUAAAGCGAUGGAGGGUAUACCCGUUGGUGUUCAGCUUGUGGGUAAGAAAUGGGAGGAUGAGAAGGUUCUCGCGAUGAUGCAUGUUGUCGACGAGGCACUGGGGCCUAGGUCUUUCGGUCCAGGCAGCUGGAAACGGAAAGAGACACACUGAUUCCUGAUUUGUGUCAAUCCGCGAUAGUGCAGCCGGUGCUUCCCGAUCCGUUGUUGAAACAAUGGUGGUGAGUGACAGAGAAGCCUCAGCACAAGAUAAUCGAGUCCGAGUGUUGGCUAUAGAUAUAUAUUAG